AUGGAACUCAACAAUGUCGCAAACCGCUGGGAUAUUGAGCACACUAAAAUACAUUUAUUCAUUCAUGAUAGUGGUGCUAAUAUGGUGAAGGGUGUUCGUUUGGCUAAAUACGAUUCUGCUAGAUGUUUUAUACAUACGCUUCAAAGAGCCAUAAACGAGUCGCUCAAAGUCCAGACUGAAGUAACAGCAACAAUUGCUGCUGGAAGGCGACUUGUGACGCACUUCAAUCACUCAGGUCUAGCUCAAGAAAAACUGCUGAGGAUCCAGAAAGAGCUAAGUGUACCCGAGCAUCAGUUAGUGCAAGAUAUUAGCACUAGUUGGAAUUCCACUUUUUACAUGAUUGAGCGUUUGUUAGAACAGAAGCGGGCCAUAUCAUUGUAUGUUGCUGAUCACGAUACGCUCAUAAAUUUGACAGCUCAACAGUGGAGUUUGGAUGCAGCAGAUGCAGAGUUCUGA